CGCGGCGGAAGCGGCGGAAGCGGCGGCGGCGGGGUGGGUCGGCAUGGAGCCCGGGGAGGGCCCGGGGGCGCUGGACCUGCACGGCGACGAGGAGAUCAUCGAGGUGGUGGAGCUGGGCCCGCCCGGGCCGGAUGACCUGGCCGAGGAGAUGGAGGACGUGGACUUUGAGGACGAGGGGGCAGAAGAGCCCGAUGCCGAGGCUUGGGAGUCGGAGGAUGACGAGGGGGUGGAGGAUGGCAUGGAGGCACAGGACGACAGUGAGGUCACGUUCUCUCUCCACUCGGCUUCUGUCUUCUGUGUGAGCCUUGACCCCAAGACCAACACGCUGGCAGUGACAGGCGGAGAGGAUGACAAGGCCUUCGUGUGGCGUGUGAGUGAUGGGGAGCUCCUGUUUGAGUGCUCAGGACACAAGGAUUCGGUCACCUGUGCUGGCUUCAGUCAUGACUCUGUGUUCGUGGCCACAGGUGACAUGUCUGGGCUUAUCAAAGUGUGGCGGGUGGAGGCCAAGGAGGAAGUGUGGUCCUUCGAGGUCGGGGACUUGGAGUGGAUGGAGUGGCACCCUCAAGCCCAUGUACUUCUGGCUGGUACAGCUGAUGGCAACACCUGGAUGUGGAAGAUCCCCAGUGGGGAUUGCAAAACCUUUCAGGGUCCAGCAUGCCCAGCCACAUGUGGCAGGAUCCUGCCUGAUGGGAAGCGAGCAGUGGUGGGGUAUGAGGACGGGACCAUGCGCAUCUGGGACCUAAAGCAGGGAACCUCAUUGCAUGUUCUGAAAGGCCAGGAUGGCCAUCAGGACCCCUUGACAUGUGUGGCCAGCAACCAGGAUGGCAGUUUGAUCAUGACGGGCUCUGUGGACUGUCACGCCAAGCUGGUCAACUCUGCCACGGGCAAGGUGGUGUGUGUGUUCAAGAUGGAGAGCGUGACCCCCAAGGCACCCAUCAGUGAGGGCGAGGAGGCAGAGUCCAACUCAGUGGAGUCGCUGGGCUUCUGUAAUGUGAUGCCACUGGCUGCUGUGGGCUACCUUGAUGGCACACUGGCUAUUUAUGACCUCUCCACACAGAGCCUGAGGCACAAGUGCCAACACGAGUCAGGGAUUGUGCAGCUGCUGUGGGAGGAGAGCUCGGCCGUGGUGUACACCUGCAGCCUGGACGGGGCUGUGCGACUCUGGGACGCCCGCUCGGGGAAGAUGAUCAGCGAGUACCGAGGGCACUCUGCUGAAAUCCUCGACUUCGCCGUCAACAAGGAUGCCUCCAUUGUGGUGACCACCUCUGGCGACCACCAAGCCAAAGUGUUCUGCGUCCAGCGCCCUGAUCGCUAGAACUGUGUCAAGGGAUGGCAUCCCGGCGCUGCCCUGCGCCUUCUGUACAGAGGGACAUGGGUUCACCACCCUUCUCCAGUGCGUGCUUUGUAAUUUCUCCAGCCUGCCCUGCUUUGCCCUUACCAUCUAGGGGCCGAGCCAGGGGUUUUGUAUGAAGAUGUCUUUAAUUAUAUAAAUUAUUUCACUUAACU